CCCGUCCCUCGCCGCUUCCUUCCUCCUGUCUGUGCCAUGGAUGGUGUUGUUACAGAUCUUAUAGCAGUCGGUUUAAAGCAUUGUUUCCCUAAUUUGUCUGAUAGAACAGGACAUAAUCAUGAGCCUUGUGUUUAUUCCCAAGGAAUCAUACAUGCCUAUGCUGCUAUGUAAACGUGGAUCUGAUGAGCUUCUUCCUUCUGGUUUCGCUUACGGGCCUCUUACCAUGAGCAAUUCUACUCCUGCUACAGCUAAUGGGAACGACAACAAGAAAUUUAAAGGAGACAGAACUCCCUGCUCCCCUUCUCGAGUCCUUCAUCUUCGUAAAAUUCCAAAUGAUGUCACUGAAGCAGAAGUCAUUUCUCUAGGUCUACCCUUUGGCAAAGUAACCAAUCUCUUGAUGUUGAAGGGAAAAAGCCAGGCUUUCCUAGAAAUGGCUUCAGAAGAAGCUGCUGUUACUAUGGUGAAUUACUACACUCCUGUUACUCCUCACCUCCGCAGUCAGCCUGUUUAUAUUCAGUAUUCCAAUCACAGAGAACUUAAGACUGACAAUAUACCCAAUCAGGCUAGAGCUCAAGCUGCCCUGCAAGCAGUGAAUGCUGUGCAGUCGGGAGGCCUGGCCCUUACAGGUGCUCCAGCUACUGAGGGUGGACUACCUCCUGGUCAGAGUUCUGUUCUUCGGAUUAUAGUUGAAAAUCUCUUCUAUCCUGUAACUUUAGAAGUGCUGUAUCAGAUCUUCUCCAAGUUUGGGACAGUCUUGAAGAUUAUCACCUUUACAAAGAACAAUCAGUUUCAAGCCUUGCUUCAAUAUGCUGAUCCAGUAAAUGCACAUUAUGCCAAAAUGGCUCUUGAUGGUCAAAAUAUCUACAAUGCUUGCUGCACUCUUCGUAUUGAUUUCUCGAAGCUAACAAGCCUUAAUGUAAAAUACAACAAUGAUAAAAGCAGAGACUUUACUCGUCUGGACCUUCCUUCAGGUGAUGGGCAACCUUCCCUUGACCCCACUAUGGGUGCUGCUUUUGGCACUCCAGGUAUCAUCUCCUCACCAUAUGCAGGAGCUGCUGGUUUUGCUCCUGCCAUUGGCUUUCCCCAAGCUGCAGGUCUGUCAAUCCCAGCUGUUCCCAGUGCACUUGGUCCUCUUGCAAUCACCACCUCUACCAUGACUGGGCGGAUGGCUAUCCCAGGAGUUACUGGAAUGCCUGGAAAUUCUGUUUUGCUUGUUAGCAAUCUUAAUCCUGAGGCAAUCACACCAGAUGGACUAUUUAUCCUCUUUGGUGUUUAUGGUGAUGUCCAUCGUGUAAAAAUCAUGUUUAAUAAGAAGGAAAAUGCCUUAGUUCAGAUGGCAGAUGCAACCCAAGCCCAGCUAGCCAUGAAUCACUUAAAUGGACAAAAACUUUAUGGAAAAGUGUUGCGUGUUACACUCUCAAGGCAUCAGACAGUACAACUUCCUCGUGAGGGACAAGAGGAUCAGGGUCUGACCAAGGACUAUAGUAAUAGCCCUUUACAUCGCUUUAAGAAACCAGGCUCAAAGAACUUCCAAAAUAUCUUCCCACCAUCUGCCACACUGCACCUCUCCAACAUUCCACCUUCUAUCACGGUUGAUGAUCUGAAGAAUCUUUUUGCUGGUACUGGAUGUAUUGUGAAAGCCUUCAAAUUCUUUCCAAAAGACCGUAAAAUGGCUCUUAUCCAGUUGGGCUCUGUGGAAGAAGCAAUUCAAGCUCUUAUUGAGCUUCAUAAUCAUGACCUUGGAGAAAAUCAUCACCUCAGAGUUUCUUUCUCCAAAUCUACGAUCUGACACUUCUGUGAUCUUUUCCUUUUUAAGACUCUGCCCACAAUUACCAGUAAAAUCUUCAGACAGACUGGAGUAGCCAAAACCAACGCUGCAUCCUUAAAUGAAAUUUGUGUAGUUCAUGUGUAUUUCUAUACAUGGUAACAAAUCAAGGGGUGAUCUUUCAAUAUCUUCUUCUGUUCAAAUAGCUAAUAGUCCUACACAAAAUUUUCUUCUAUAGAAUUUAAUAACACAAUAUUUUUAAUAGAAGACCCUCCUUUUUUUUUUUUUAAUGAUUUCAGGAACAUAAUUUUUAUUUUUUUAUUCCAAAACAAUGUUACACAACAUUUCUGUGCCCCAUUAAACUAUGCUAUCAAAAGAAUGUUUUCAAAAUAGACUUAGUGGAUGGCUUUAAACACGAAUUAUUUAGAAUGGGGUUGGGGGGCGGGAUUUUUUGACCAGUUACUAACAUUUUGAUCAGUAGCUUUUGAAAAUGUUGGAGGGAAGGCAGUGCCUUCUUCCAUGGACUAAAAUAAUAAAAUCCAAAUAAAUUGUAUAAUUGACACAGAUAAAUUGUCUUAAUGUGAUCAUAGUGACAGUUUUAACUAGGUAUUAAAUCAUGGUGUGAGGUUAGUACUAUGAAAUUAGUAUGAAAUAAUGUUUUAUUACUGUGAAAUGAUGUGUAAUAAGAUUUUGGAAAAAAUGAAAGAAGAAAUAUGUCCUGAUUUCAAGUUUUGUACAUUUCUUUCAGAAAAAAUGUUUACACUCUUAAGGAAAAAAUUCAGGUCUGUCAUAUGGUUUGACAAAUUUUUAGAAAGGUUAUUUUUGGUAAGGUCUUGUUUAAAAAUAUAAAAUUAAACCUCAAGGGUUUUUUGUACCACUAUAAUCUCUAAUACUUAAAUCAGAAUUACUGUGUAUUUACUUAAUUUCUUAUGUGCCUUAUUAUGUGCUUAUAAUGAUACAAUAGUUUAGAGUUUUAUCUGAAGUAUCUUUAAACUGUAUUGUGGCUUGGUGACUUUUUUCCCCUUUGUAUUAGUUUUUAAACGUUUGGUGAUUUUAAAGGUGUUUUUAAUAACUAAUAGUCAAAUCAGAUUUUUGGUGCUUUGGUACAGGGAUGGGGAGAUGGGGACUGAAGAUAACUCAAUGCACAUCCUUAUUAGGCCUCUUCACAAUAUUUUGGGGGUUGCAGUUGAGUGUCAUCACUGUUGGGCUCUAAAGAAUGUUCUCCAGUUUCUCGAUGAUAUCUAACCUGUUGAGCUGUUGGCUCUUUGAGAAUAUUUUGCCUCAGGAUUCCUUUUCACCCAACAGUACUGGACUUGCUGUACUAAAUGUAGACUGGUUUUCCUUCAUAAAUGUCAUAACUUCAGUACUGAAUGUUCACUCCUGAAUGGAGAGCAAGAUGAGAUGCAAUCUUACUAUUUUUUGUGAACUAUAGGUAUACACAAGUUAUUUCUAUGAUUGUAAUACAAUAUUUUUAGAGGUGUCUCAAGAUGUUCUGUCUACUGAAUUUUUCAUUGUUUCAUGAGGUAUUCCUUUUGAGUAUAAGAGUGGUUAAUUCUUUUAAAAAAAUUGAGGAUGGACACAAAGGCUUACAAAAUGAAAUGGAGUGUAAUGACUUGUAGCAUACUCAUUGUCUUUGGGAUUUUUAGCAAGUCAGUUUGUUCUGUGGAUCCCAGCUGUUGCUUGGAAAAUGAAUUCCGUAGUUUUAGAUCUAGCUCCUUUUAAAAUGGUAACUUGGUAAUUUAGCUUGGAGAUGCAAGUUUCUUGGUAACAUCAUUAUAAUACUGGGUCGGGCAAAUUGUGCCUCUCCAGAUGUUUUGGCCUACAACUCCAAUCAUCCCUCACCAUUGGCUAUGCUCACUAGGGCUGAUGGGAAUUGUGGCCUUCCAGAUGUUUUGGCCUUCAAGUUGUCCACCCGUGCUAUAGCAUGAAAGGAUAGGCAGUGAGACACUUGCUGCCUUAAAUUUGUAUAGCUAUAUUUAUAGAAGAUAGCUGAUAAUCACCUUUGGACACUUGGUUAGCAUGUGUGCAUUUUGUUUUGUCAGCAGAUAUGUUUCUCUAUGUAAAGCUAUGUUAGCAUCCAGUAAUAACUGACCCCAUUUUCACCAUGGCUUCACAGCUGUUUGAAAAUAACAGUGGGGAAAAACCCUAGUCUACCAAGAUCUUCUUUCAGUUUAGUAAUUAGACUGGUGCCUAAUUCCGGUAUGGCACGAGCCAAAAUAUGCCUCUUCCAUUCCAUGGAUUUCAAUAGAUCAUGGCUCCAAAUAAGCAUGUUCAGGAUGACAACCUACUUAGGCAUUAGUUAAAUAGCUUAUUGGAUUAGACUCCCUAUGAAUAUGCCUCCUCCUUAGUGUAACUUGCUAAGUUACCUUUAAGCUUGGUCACCAUAUAUGUUUAAUGCUGCUACAAAGGGGGAUGUUGUUGGGAGUUGAUGAAUGUAACUAAGCAGGAAAAAAAAUCAAGUUCUGAGAAUGAGCAUUAGCAUGUAUAAUAUCAAGAGUGGUGUGCGUGGGUGGGUGUAUGUAUGUGUGCAUGUGUGCUGUGUGAAAUAUCCUAUGUGUAUGCUGAUACACAUUGCAAGCAUUUAAUUUAUUGAUUUAACUGAUCUAAAAACAAAAGAGCAACUUUGUAGUGUUAAUGGAGAAAUAAAUGGUCAACAUAACAAGAAAAAUAGCUUCACUAAGUCCCUAGAAAACAUAAUUUCUGUUCUACUUGCAGUCUGAAUUGUAGGGCAUACAAUUAUAGUUACAUACUAGCAAACCUUUCCUUUAAAAAUUAUUUUGGAUAUACUCAUAUUUUGUGUGGUCUUGUCAUAAUUAUAAUAUCUUAUGUAUAAAUCAUCUUGGUUGUAGUGCACGUGUGUUCAAUGUUUUGGGGUUGAUUUUAUUUUGCAAGGUUAUUUUUCCAUGAAGUGCAAAUAUGAGAAAUGGCAGUACACGCUUUGUUUGCAUUUAAAACAGUAAUUCCAUUUCAAGCAAUAGUAAGCUUACAUUUCCUUUCCCGAUCAAAUGCUUUAGAAGGCAACCCCUUGAAUUUGGAUUAAGAUAAAAGCUAAUUUUAUCAUUUUCUUGUCCUUUUUUAGUUUGUUGCAGUACACUGGCAUCAGAUUUCCUUGCUACUUAGAUCUACAGCAAUUGUCCUGAAAAAUUGAGGUGCUUAUGUGUUAUUGAGAAGCAUCCUUCUCUGUAAAAAUCAAGCAUUCUGGUAUAGAAUAACCAUUUUCCAAACUACUUGAUCUUUUCUAACAUUUCUUUUAUCAAGUUAGUCUUUUCUGUUCUCUCACCCUUUGAGCAUAAAGGGAUUGAGAUUUGAAACUGUCUGGCCCUUGCAAUUGCUUUGGAAGUGAAUGUUCUUCAGGUCACCAUCUAAUGUGCAUUAGGCAUUUAUAUAUUCUGUACAGUUUUAGGUGUGUCUUAAAGCUUUGAAUAUAUUGGCUUUGAUUCAAAUUUAAAUACUUUCACAUAUUGUGCAGCCUCAGUGAAGGUGCCCUUUUAGUAUACUGGUUGAAGAGAACAUUUUCUUGAGUGAGGACAUGUAGUUUAAUAAAUAAAAGCUUCUCACCAUAUGAAGGGAAACUAAAGAAUAUAGAAUAUUUCCAAUUUUACUAACACCUCAGAGCUGAAAUGGCUCCUUGGUGUUGUGGAAGGCAUAGGAUUAAAAACAAUAUUGGUACUGAUUUUAACCACGUAGUGACUUACAGUUGCCUGGAAUUCUUACUCCUAGAGGCUAAGCCAUAAUUGUUUUCACCCUGAAAGACACACUGCUGCUAACUUUGGAUACAAACUGGAAAGAAAAAUGCCUAAUUUUCUCUUUCAAAACUGGCUCAGGAAGGACAGAGUGCAUUUUUAUGUAGGCAUAGCUGCAGAUUAUUUAAGAAUCGUUGGACUCUUAACCUAAUGAAAGAUUUGAUUGCACCAUUAACAAACUAAAGACUUCAGCCCAAAAUCUUUGCAAGUUACAGAACUUCAAAGAAACAUUCAUUUCAAGCCUUGCCCAAACUUGGUUGCCUUUUGUGUCUCCCACCAGUUACACUAUUACUGUGCCUGGAGAAUAUAUUGAGGGCUCUUUGUGCCUAUAUAUCCAAAAGUAGCCUUGAGUUGUCUGUGUGGCACCUCUGCUUCCCAGACUUGAGGGACUGUGUGCAGUGGAAUCUUGUUGUAAAAUAUAGCACAACAUGUGAAUUUUACAAAGAAUAAGUCCAUGUCUCUACUACACAGUUUAAUAUGACCAAGUAAGAUAUCUAGAUAUGGUCUUUCUUCUGGGAAUAACAAACCUGAGAUGUGCUGUUUCAGUCUUCAUCUUGUUAUAUGUAAUAUGUACUGCUAUUUUCAAAGGAGAGGGGCUGAAUAGUUAACUGUAUUAAAGCCAUUUUUGUUUGCCUUGACUUUUUUGUGAACUGGUAACUUCGACCAAACUGCCAGAUUUAAACAGUUGUGCUAAAAACUGUUCAGGUUGCACAGAGACUUCCUUGAAACAAACUAACUCCUAAUUGUCUUUGCAAAUAUCUGUACAUUGCAUAUGAGACUGUUCUUUAAUUUUUAAAACAAAACCUUAACAAUUAGGAAUUAUUUGAAGAAAUGGAAAACUUCUAAAAUUUUAAUUUCAGGGUUUUUACAAAGUAGAAAACAAAAUGGGACCAAAGUUUAUGUGCCUUCAGUAGACAUGUAAUUUUUUUGCUAUCUCUUUCAGUCUUUAGAAUCAAUACUCUUGUUUUCAAGAAAAUGUGUAUUUAUAUAGUAAAAUACCAAAUGACCCAUGAACUAUCCAUAUGUGCAGUCAGUUGCUAGUUGUUUCAGUUUGGAUUGUUAUCCUUUUGCUUUCUACCAUUUUAACAUGAAUCAUGCUGCACCAUACAGGAAUCCAAGUUAAACUCUUUGACAUCUGGCUUGUGGUUGUCACAAUAGCUUUUAAUUGGGGAAAUAAUAAAAUAGUGGAACCUUGACUCCAGGGAUCCUCCAUUGUAAAUGAAGGGUGCAUGCUUAGUCAGAACUUUCAGCUCUUGGAUUUAUGUGCAGUAUUAGUACAAUAGUAAAAAAAAAAAUCUGACCAGCUAUGUACUUAGAUUCAUCUCCUUAACCAUGUUUUUAGUUCUUUUCCUGAUUCAUUCUCCAGUUCCUGAAAACAGCUCAUCCCACUCCCUCCAAAUAUGGUUGCUGACCAAGAAAAUUGUUCCAUCAGAUUGUCACCUCAUUGCAAUGACCAAAGAUUGUCUGCUCUGGUUUUACUAAGACAUCUUGCCAGUUUCUCUCUCUCUCUCUCUCUCUCUUUCAUGAAAGACUCAAUGUAAAGUGGCCUUUUAUGUGAAUGCUGUUGGUGAAUGGACUACUUAAUGGAUUUUUAAAAAUGUGAACCAAAUGUAAUGGCAAAAGGCAAGAGGCUAAUGGAUACUUAGUACUGUAUUCGGAGAAAAAAGGCUCACAAUUACAGGAGUCAGACAUUCCCUAACUUUUCAUGUGUUCAUGAAUCCCUUUUUAAGUUUGUACAAAUAUUCAUCUAACACAAAAAAAUUGUUGUAAAUAUUUGUAACAACAUUUUUUACCUGGCUAAAAAGGUUUUUGGGAACAAGUAUAAAAUGGUUUUUAUAUUAAAAGAAAAAAACAUCAAUUGUCUUGUAUAUUUUGAUAAGCAAACAGUACCAGCUUUCAUUUGUUAAACAGCUUGUGGCAUUGGAGGGGGAAAAGGAUUCCAUGUUGUUGAGAUGACUUGAUGUUAUAAAUGCAAAGAAGUUGAAAUAUUAAAGAAACCUAUUUUCUAA